UGUGGCUGAAGAGUGGGAUAGGAGUUUCUCCUUAUGUCUUAUUGGUAAACAGUAACAGUAAACAUUGGUCGACAAAAAAAUUUUGUGAUCUCGUUAAAAAGUUUACAUUUACGUUGAUCUCUUUCGCGAAUUCUGCAAAUCAAUUGAACGAGAAUUUGCAAUGGCCGAAGGCAAAUCCAAAGAUCCCAAUGUGCAGGAAUUCAAGCUCGAACCGGACACAGAGUUGAGGUUCGAAGUGGAGAAUCCGGAAAGCAAGAACGACAAAGUCACUUUAGAGCUGAAAUCUGGAAACGCUGAGAUUUUUGGUACGGAGAUUGUAAAGGAGAAGCAAUAUUCAUUCACAACGGGAGCAAAGGUGGCAGUUUACACUUGGCACGGCUGCACUUUGGAACUGAAAGGCAAACCCGACGUCGCCUACAUCGCCAAGGAAACACCUAUGGUUAUGUACUUGAAUGUCCAUGCCGCUCUGGAAGAGUUGAGACGAAAGUCCGAGGUUGACGGAAAGCGAGGACCCAUCACUUUGGUCGUUGGGCCAACAGACGUUGGGAAGUCAACCCUCUGCAGAAUGCUGCUCAACUACGCAGUCAGGCUAAGCAGGAGGCCAAUUUUUGUUGACCUGGAUGUGGGUCAAGGACAGAUAUCUGUUCCCGGCACAGUUGGCGCUCUUCUAGUGGAGAGGCCCUCGGGGAUUGAUGAUGGGUUUUCUCAGCAAGCUCCUUUGAUCUACCACUACGGACACAAAAGUCCCGGAGUGAAUCCCGCUCUCUACAAUACCAUAGUAUCGAAGCUGGCUGAAGUUACGAUGGAAAGAAUGAGCGCCAAUAAAAAAGCAAACCAUUCCGGAGUGAUAAUAAACACAUGCGGAUGGGUCAAAGGGGAAGGCUACAAGCAAUUGGUCCACAUUGCGCAGGCAUUCGAGGUUGAUGUAAUUUUAGUCCUGGAUCAGGAGCGGCUGUACAAUGAAUUGGUCCGAGACAUGCCCAACUUCGUCAAGACUGUUUUCCUCCCAAAAAGUGGAGGCGUUGUUGAGAGAAGUACAAAAGUCCGAGCUGAAUCGAGAGACGCGAGGGUUCGUGAGUACUUCUACGGGUCCAAAGCAUCAUUGUAUCCUCACUCGUUUGACGUGCGAUUCUCCGACAUCAAGAUUUAUAAAAUCGGAGCGCCGUCUCUGCCAGAUUCGUGCAUGCCGCUCGGAAUGAAGGCCGAGGACAACAUGACAAAACUAGUUCAAGUCACUCCAGGAGUGUCGAUUUUGAACCACCUCUUGGCUGUCAGUUUUGCUACAGAAAUGGAAGAAGACGUCAUCAGAACAAAUGUUGCAGGCUUCAUUUGUGUAACGGAAGUUGAUCCGGAGAGACAGACUAUGACUGUGUUGUCGCCGCAACCUCGACCGCUGCCACAGACACUGCUGCUGCUCUCGGACGUCCAGUUCAUGGACAGCCACUGAAAGUAGACGGUUUGGAAGAGUGCGGUGCAAAAGUACUUUGCAUCACACGCCUCCAAACCGGUGCUGAAAAACCACUUCAAAUUUGGUUUUAUCAAAAAUCAUGUACGUUAGUUGACAAAAUGCAAACGGAAAUAAAACACAAGAACUUGUGUAACCAUACAAUAAAAUUCUUUAUAUAAUUCCUC